AUGCCUGCCUUCCAGGCGCAGCGCGCGCAGUUGCAGCGGAGCGGCGCGGCGGCGGCGGCGGCGCUGGCGCGGGCGGAGGCGGAGGCGGCCGACGCGCGGCGCGAGGCGGAGGCAAAGCGCCGCGAGGCACAGCGCCUUGCCGAGGAGGAAGCCACGCGCGCUUCGCAGCUGGUUCUGCUGGAGAAGGCGUUGGAGGAGUUGGGGGCGGAAUUGCACAACUUGCAGGAGUCGACUCACAGCUUGGAGGUGACCCUUGACAUGGAGAAGACCUCCAGCAAGGGGCUCGAAGACUCGGUGGCGGAUGCGGAGGAGAAGCGGCGAGGCAGCGAACGUGAAUGCCAGCGCCUCUCCGAGUUGCUGGAGUCGUUGAGCGUCUCCGGCAGCAAUCUCGCCAGCCUGGCGAAGGCGGUGUCUGCCAAGCAGCAGGAACAACUGCAGCUGACCCAGGAGCUGGCAAACAAGAAGCGGGAUGCGCUUCUGCAAACCCAGUCUAUACAAGGCCGACUGGACGAGACAAGGAUGCUGAAGGACCAACUGUCAGAGGCGCGCGGAACGGAUGCUCCGAAUGACACCUGCGCCGCCGAGCUGCUGGCGUUGACGGCUUCCUUGGCGGAGGCGCGCGGCAAAGCGGAGGAGGCCCGGAGUCGCAGGCAGCAGCUGGAGGCGGAAGCCACGGAGCUGGAGCGCCAGCUCGAAGCACAAGGCAGCCAGCAACAGAACCAGGACAACAUGGACAAAGAGCAGUCUGCCUCACUGGAGCAGUCCCAUGCCAUGGACUGGAAGCCGAAGAAGUCCACGCGGCGGCGCAUCGUGUGCCCGGUCCGCGAGGCCGGGAGCAGCUUGGGCAGCUUGCCCAAGCUCCCGGAGCUGUCGAACGUGAAGGAUCGGAACAGGAGUGAUCGGACGGAGAAGCCGCUGGCGCUGACGGUGCGGGUCAUGUACUUCAGCCAUGACGGCACUCAAGCCGACACCGGAUCGCAGGUAUCACUUCAGUUAAGUACGUCCUCCACCGUGGAGGAGCUUUUAAGAUCUGUACGGGAGAGCGUCGGCUGUGAAAAGGGGCGCUUGCUCUUCCGGAUGCGACCCCUCACGGACAUGGCAGCGACGUUGGAGGAGUGCGGGGUGGUGCGGGACCCGCACGCGGUGCAUCUGCUGCUGGGCCGGCGGCACCGGCCGAAGGAGGUGGUGGAGCGGGCGGCGCAGGAGGCCGCGGAGCUGCAGCUGGCCAUGUCGCUGGCCGCCGCCGAGGCGGCGCUGCGCCCCAAGCGCCGCAAGGCCGAGGCACCCGACGAGAAAGAGGACGAGCUUAGUUAG